AACAUGGCGGCGGGAAGGGAGUGAGCCGCCCCGCGCCGCCGCUGCGCCCGCAGAUUUCUCCAUCUUGCUAAGGAGGAACACUUUCCUAUUUGAUAUAACUGAUGGUACCAUGCAAAAAUCGGAUCCUCGAAAAGAUGGAGAAAUUAACAUACAGAGAAACUGACUUGUCAGAGGUCAGAGUAAGGUAUUGGUGGAUCCAGGGAUAAAUCCCAAACUCCUUAAUUCCUUGACCAGUUUUAAGUCCAUUGACUAUGCAGCCUAGUGAGGCUGCAUUCUGUUCAUUUAGGAAUUGAUACAGGGAUGAUUCCCUAAUCUACUGAGUAAUUUAUCGUGAUGCUUAAAAAUUAAGCAAUUUGCUGGAGGGUAUUAUGCUGAGUGAAUAAUAGACUGGAAUGAUGUUAGAAAACACAAAUAUGGUCAUCUCUCAGAGUCUGCAUCCCAAUAUCAAGAAGCUACUGACAUCCUGGAACUAGAAAGUAAGCUCCAUGUGGACAGAGACUUUGGCUAUUUUAUUCUUUGCUAUAUAUCACUAGUGCCUAGAGCUAGGAUUGGCACUUAGUAGGUGUGCAUGCUUUUUACAUGGUCCAAAGUGGCCCUGUGCUACUCCACUGCAGAGGAAACAUCAAGAAAUGCUGGUUUGCUACAGUAUUUUAGUUUGUGAGAGUCUCUGGGAUCUUCCCUGCACCAUCAUGGGGUCACCUCUAGGUCAUUUUACCUGGGACAAAUACCUAAAAGAAACAUGUUCAGUCCCAGCGCCUGUCCAUUGCUUCAAGCAGUCCUACACACCUCCAAGCAACGAGUUCAAGAUCAGCAUGAAAUUGGAAGCACAGGACCCCAGGAACACCACAUCCACAUGUAUUGCCACAGUAGUUGGACUGACAGGUGCCCGCCUCCGCCUUCGCCUUGAUGGUAGCGACAACAAGAAUGACUUCUGGCGGCUGGUUGACUCAGCUGAAAUCCAGCCUAUUGGGAACUGUGAGAAGAAUGGGGGUAUGCUGCAGCCCCCUCUGGGAUUUCGGCUGAAUGCCUCCUCUUGGCCCAUGUUCCUUUUGAAGACACUAAAUGGAGCAGAGAUGGCUCCCAUCAGGAUUUUCCACAAGGAACCACCAUCGCCUUCCCACAACUUCUUCAAAAUGGGAAUGAAGCUAGAAGCUGUGGACAGGAAGAACCCUCAUUUCAUUUGCCCAGCCACUAUUGGGGAGGUGCGGGGCUCAGAGGUGCUUGUCACUUUUGACGGGUGGCGAGGGGCCUUUGACUACUGGUGCCGCUUCGACUCCCGGGACAUCUUCCCUGUGGGCUGGUGCUCCUUGACUGGAGACAACCUACAGCCGCCUGGCACGAAAGUUGUGAUUCCAAAGAAUCCCUAUCCUGCAUCUGAUGUGAACACUGAGAAGCCCAGCAUCCACAGCAGCACCAAAACUAUCUUGGACCAUCAACCAGGGCAGAGGGGGCGUAAACCAGGAAAGAAGCGGGGCCGGACACCCAAGCCCCUAAUUCCCCACCCCAUCUCUACCCCAUCCAAGUCAGCUGAACCUUUGAAAUUCCCAAAGAAGAGGGGUCCCAAACCUGGCAGUAAGAGGAAGCCUCGGACUUUGCUGAACCCACCACCCACCUCACCAACAACCAGCACCCCCGAACCGGAUACCAGCACUGUACCCCAAGAUGCUGCCACCAUCCCCAGCUCAGCCAUGCAGGCCCCCACAGUUUGUAUUUACUUGAACAAGAAUGGCAGCCCAGGCCCCCACUUAGAUAAGAAGAAGGUCCAGCUGCUCCCUGACCAUUUUGGGCCGGCCCGCGCUUCCGUGGUGCUGCAGCAGGCUGUCCAGGCUUGUAUCGACUGUGCGUAUCAUCAGAAAACCGUCUUCAGCUUCCUCAAACAGGGCCACGGUGGUGAAGUUAUCUCAGCCGUGUUUGACCGUGAGCAGCAUACUCUCAACCUCCCAGCAGUCAACAGCAUCACCUACGUCCUGCGCUUCUUGGAGAAACUCUGCCACAACCUUCGCAGUGACAAUCUGUUUGGCAACCAGCCCUUUACACAGACUCACUUGCCACUCACCACCACUGAAUACAGCCACAGCCACGACAGGUACCUACCAGGUGAAAGCUUUGUCUUGGGGAAUAGUCUGACUCGGUCUUUGGAACCACACUCAGACUCAAUGGACUCUACCUUGAAUCCCACCAACCUUGUCAGCGGCUCCCAAAACCUUCGAACCCAUGGGUACCGGCCUUUGCUUCCAUCCUGUGGCCUCCCACUGAGUACUGCCUCAGCUGUGCGCAGGCUGUGCUCCAGAGGGUCGGACCGAUACCUGGAAAGCCGGGACACCUCUCGACUGAGUGGCCGGGACCCCUCCUCAUGGACAGUGGAGGACGUGAUGCAGUUUGUCCGGGAAGCUGAUCCUCAGCUUGGACCUCACGCUGACCUUUUUCGCAAACAUGAGAUCGACGGCAAGGCCCUGCUCCUGCUGCGCAGCGACAUGAUGAUGAAGUACAUGGGGCUGAAGCUGGGGCCAGCACUCAAGCUCUCCUUCCACAUUGACCGGCUCAAGCAGGGCAAGUUCUGAACCGGGAGACGCAGCCUAGACCACCGAGGGGUCACCCAGAACGGGCCAGCACUCUUCUCCCCGGAAGGGGGGCCAGCAGCCCACUGCCGGCGCCUCAGUGGAGUUCAGGGCCGCCUCAGGACUCCGGAGGCUGUGCGGAGCCACCACCGCUCCCCCUCCUGCCAUGAUAUGUCCUUCCAUGAAGGACCAAGGGGAGAGUGUGGGCCCAGGGCUGGCGCUUCUCUUCCCCUCAGCCCUGCCUCAGCUCUGAGGUCCCUCUGUAUUUAUUUCUCAAGCCUGGUUGGCUUCUCACAGGGCGUUUAGACUGACACCUGGGCCCCAUCCCCCUGCCACCUGCUGGGCCUGGCGUGGCACCCCAUUGCCCCGCAGCUCCCACCACCACCUCAUGAGAGCCCCAGACUCCAAACUCAUGGUGCAGACCUCUACCUUUUUUUAAAAAAGAUCUUUUCUUAUUGUUUAAAUGUAUUGUUUCUGGCACUUGGGCAAGCCCUCCAGCUCAUACUCCUCUCACUCCUGACACUGGGCUUCAGGAGAAGGGAGACUGCCUGGCCCUGGUCCCCAAGAGACAUGGGCCCUCUUCAGAGGCCAUCAGGGCCAUCCCCCGAGGGCACGUUGUCUGUAGGAUGGACAGAUCCUUCAGGCCAUGACCAUAUCACUCAGCGGGGGGAGGAGAGGGUCCCUGUCACCUUUCCCUCUUCUGCCCUUGGGCCCUUUAGCCCUGGACCUCCACUGUGGGAAUGGGAGUCCCCUGCCCCAUAGCUCCUUGCCCUGGCCAGAACUACUGCCGAAGGAGGUUAGGCCCCAUGAUUUUAGGUCACGAAGGCCGUAAGGUGGAUGGAAGGGAAGGGUCUGCAGGCUGGAGUCUAGUUGUACCCUCUCCGUCAUCCAGAUGCUUCCUUUAUAAGCAAGUCAGCAGCACAGCUGCCCCUGCUGCCAUCCAGACUUCUUUUAUGUCAAUCUGUUUAUAAAUAAAAACCAAUAUAGAUGCCA